AUGUACAACAGAACCAAGUGCCACAGAACCAUGUGCAACAGAACCAAGUGCUGCAGAACCACGUACAACAGAACCAAGUACCACAGAACCAUGUGCAACAGAACCAAGUGCCGCAGAACCAUGUACAACAGAACCAUGUACAACAGAACCAAGUGCCACAGAACCAUGUAUAACAGAACCAAGUGCCACAGAACCAUGUACAACAGAACCAAGUGCCACAGAACCAUGUAUAACAGAACCAAGUACCACAGAACCAUGUACAACAGAACCAAGUGCCACAGAGCCAUGUACAACAGAACCAAGUGCCACAGAACCAAGUGCCACAGAACCAUGUACAACAGAACCAAGUGCCACAGAACCAUGUAUAACAGAACCAAGUACCACAGAACCAUGUACAACAGAACCAAGUGCCACAGAACCAUGUACAACAGAACCAAGUGCCACAGAACCAUGUACAACAGAACCAAGUGCCACAGAACCAUGUAUAACAGAACCAUGUACAACAGAACCAAGUGCCACAGAACCAUGUAUAACAGAACCAAGUGCCACAGAACCAUGUACAACAGAAUCAAGUGCCACAGAACCAUGUACAACAGAAUCAAGUGCCACAGAACCAUGUACAACAGAACCAAGUGCCACAGAACCAUGUACAACAGAACCAAGUGCCACAGAACCAUGUACAACAGAAUCAAGUGCCACAGAACCAUGUACAACAGAAUCAAGUGCCACAGAACCAUGUACAACAGAACCAAGUGCCGCAGAACCAUGUACAACAGAACCAAGUGCUGCAAAACCAAGUGCCACAGAACCAUGUACAACAGAACCAAGUGCCACAGAACCAUGUACAACAGAACCAAGUGCCACAGAACCUUGUACAACAGAACCAAGUGCUGCAGAACCAAGUGCCACAGAACCUUGUACAACAGAACCAAGUGCCACAGAACCAUGUAUAACAGAACCAAGUGCCACAGAACCUUGUACAACAGAACCAAGUGCCACAGAACCUUGUACAACAGAACCAAGUACAACAGAACCUUGUACAACAGAACCAAGUGCCACAGAACCAUGUACAACAGAACCAAGUGCCACAGAACCAUUUAUAACAGAACCAAGUUCCACAGAACCAUGUACAACAGAACCAAGUGCCACAGAACCAUGUACAACAGAACCAAGUACAACAGAACCUUGUACAACAGAACCAAGUGCCACAGAACCAUGUACAACAGAACCAAGUGCCGCAGAACCAUGUACAACAGAACCAAGUGCUGCAGAACCAAGUGCCACAGAACCAAGUGCUGCAGAACCAAGUGCCACAGAACCAUGUACAACAGAACCAAGUGCCACAGAACAAUGUACAACAGAACCAAGUGCCACAGAACCUUGUACAACAGAACCAAGUGCCACAGAACCAAGUGCCACAGAACCUUGUACAACAGAACCAAGUGCCACAGAACCAUGUAUAACAGAACCAAGUGCCACAGAACCUUGUACAACAGAACCAAGUGCCACAGAACCUUGUACAACAGAACCAAGUGCCACAGAACCAUGUACAACAGAACCAAGUGCCACAGAACCAUGUAUAACAGAACCAUGUACAACAGAACCAAGUACAACAGAACCUUGUACAACAGAACCAAGUGCCACAGAACCAUGUACAACAGAACCAAGUGCCGCAGAACCAUGUACAACAGAACCAAGUGCUGCAGAACCAAGUGCCACAGAACCUUGUACAACAGAACCAAGUGCCACAGAACCAUGUAUAACAGAACCAAGUGCCACAGAACCAUGUACAACAGAACCAAGUGCCACAGAACCUUGUACAACAGAACCAAGUGCCACGGUCGGUCCUCGUUUACAUGA